AUGGCAGGGUGGUCGAUGUUUGCAAAUGGCCCUUGUUUGGGGAGUGCUGAUGUUUAUGAUCACAAGCAGAAGACAAUUACCAAACAUGUCGCGAACGACAUUGUUGUUACUGACAAUAACCCUAACGACGACUAUGUUGUGAAACUGAGGAAACUGUUUGAUGAGGCGUUUUCAGUUUUCUAUGAUUUGGGUUAUAACAACGGGGAGUUCUUGAAGCCGGUUCAAGGGUUGCUUGGCGACGGCCAACCUAUUGAUCUGUUCAAGCUUUUCUAUGUGGUUGGAAACAGAGGAGGGUUUGAUUUGGUGAACGGAUGGUGGCAGUUUGUGAUGGAAGAACUAAGGAUGGAUCCCAAGUAUUCGGGCUGCAUUAAGUUGGUUUAUUUCAAGUACUUGUACAACUUGGAAAAAUGGCUGACUCAGAGCUAUAGUUACUGUGAGCAAGGCAGCGAUUCGGGCAAUUUCUCUGUUGAUUUGGAGACCAAGUUCAGGAGCGUUUUGGCGUACGAGAAUGGUAAAAAGAAUGGUAGAGUUGCCUCACUAGAACUCAAGAAAAGUGGCGGGGAGGAUGAUGACGAUGAUGAAGAUGUUAGUGGCGAUUACAAGAGUUAUGUUGACGGCGAUGCUUAUUACCUUGCUCAGAAAGAAUCACGCAAGAGGAAACGCGUUUCGUUGUCUGAAAUGCUUAGCUGGAUGGCUCGGGCUGCAGCAUGUCCCGACGCGGUCAUCUCCAAGUCAAACCAUACUGUGAAAGACAAUGACUUGAAGGCCAUGGCCAUCAAAGCUAGAGAUUUUCUGUUGAGGAGAAAGCCUGUUGAUUCGAGUGUUGUUCAGAAUUGUUCAAAGAACCAGCAAAAGAUGCAUCCAUCCAUGUAUGACGAUAUCAAGGUCGACCAAGCUGUGGAGAAGCCAAGAUGCAGAGGAAGACCACCUAAAUCAAGCAAGUCAUCAUUUUCUCAUGCUAAAGUUCCUAAAUGGACAGGGGAAGUAUACGAGAGUGACAGCAAGUGGCUAGGAACAACAAUAUGGCCUGUGGAAGAUGCAAACUCUGUCACUAAAGUUCAAAAGAAUCUUGCUGGUAAAGGAAGGCCUGAUUCCUGUAGUUGCCUGGUUCCAAACUCGGUUGGAUGUGUUCGAUUUCACAUUGCAGAGAGAAGGGUGGAACUGAAGCGGGAAUUAGGCCGGGCAUUUUUCAAGGGUGGAUUCAACCACAUGGGAGAAGAAGUGUCCCUCGGUUGGACUGCAGAAGAAGAAGAGAGAUUCAAGGAUAUGGUGAGAGAUAACCCUCCAUCUCAGGACAAGUGUUUCUGGGAUUGUGCUCAUAGGUAUUUUCCUCAGAAGACGAAGCAAGAGUUGGUCAGCUAUUACUUCAAUGUCUUCCAGGUUCGGCGGAGGAGUUACCAGAAUCGUGUGACGCCCAAAGAGAUUGAUAGUGAUGAUGAUGAAAAACAGUUUGGAUCUUUCACUGAUGGUUUUGGGCACGAUGCGAUCGACGUAGUUGAUGCUAGAGAUGUAUGUUUAGUGAAUCGGGCGCGAAAUGAGUACCCCCUAGACAUGAAGAUCAUUCACUGA